AAAAUAAAAAAAGCCUAAGUAGAAUAUGUUCACAAUUGAGUGGUCAACUGGUCAACCCUAUCAUUUCUUUAUAUCUACUUCACACACAAAAAUGAAAAAAACAAAAAAGAAAAAGAGCUUGCAUUGCAUUGUUAGCUGAACCAGCAUUAUUGCAGGGGUAAUUCAAUGGGAUCUGCCAAUGAAGAAUCCUCUUCUUCAGGAUGGUCGAACCAUGUUUUCUUGAGUUUUAGGGGUGAUGACACACGAAAGGGUUUCACAGACCAUCUUUUUGCUUCACUAGAGAGAAGGGGGAUCAAAACAUUCAAGGAUGAUCAUGAUCUCGAGAGGGGAAAAGUGAUAUCAGUGGAACUCAUGAAAGCAAUUGAAGAGUCCAUGUUUGCACUCAUCAUUCUCUCACCAAACUAUGCUUCCUCAACAUGGUGUUUGGAUGAGCUCCAAAAGAUUGUAGAGUGUAAGAAAGAAGUUUUUCCAGUCUUCUAUGGUGUAGACCCCUCUGAUGUGAGGCACCAGAGAGGGAGCUUUGCCGAGGCUUUCAGAGAACAUGAAGAGAAAUUCAGAGAAGACAGAAAGAAGGUGGGAAAAUGGAGAGAUGCCUUGAGAGAAGUUGCAGGUUACUCUGGCUGGGACUCCAAGAAUCAGCAUGAGGCAGCACUGAUAGAAACAAUAGUUGGACACUUACAACAAAAAUUAAUUCCUAGAUUGCCAUGUUGCACUGAUAACCUUGUUGGGAUUGAUUCACGGAUGGAGGAAGUGAUUUCACUCAUGGGCACAGGUCUAAAUGAUGUUCGCUUCAUAGGAAUAUGGGGCAUGGGGGGAAUAGGUAAGUCAACCAUUGCUAGAUUAGUAUACGAAGCAAUCAAAGAGGAAUUCAAGGUUAGUUGCUUUCUUGAAAACGUUAGGGAGGAGUCUAAGACAAAUGGCUUAGUUCAUAUUCAAAAGGAAUUUCUUUCUUAUCUUAAUGUAAGAAGCAAUGAUUUUUACAAUUUAUAUGAUGGGAAAAAAAUAAUAGCUAACUCUUUAAGAAACAAAAAGGUUCUUCUUGUUCUUGAUGAUGUAAGUGAAUUAAGCCAAUUGGAGAAUUUAGCUGGAAAGCAAGAAUGGUUUGGUCCAGGAAGCAGAGUAAUGAUCACAACCCGAGAUAAGCACUUGCUAACGACACAUGGAGUGCAUGUAACUUGUAAGGCAAAAGGCUUAGCCCAAAAUGAAGCCCUUCGGCUCUUUUGUUUGAAAGCAUUUAAACAAGAUCAACCUAAAGAAGAGUAUUUGAAUUUGUGCAAAGAAGUGGUUGCAUAUGCAAGAGGCCUUCCAUUAGCUCUUGAAGUAUUGGGUUCCCAUCUUCAUGGAAGAACCGUUGAGGUUUGGCAUAGUGCUUUAGAACAAAUAAGAAGUUUUCCGCAAUCCAAAAUCCAAGAUACACUGAAAAUAAGCUAUGACAGUUUACAACCUACGGAGAAAAAAAUGUUUCUUGAUAUUGCCUGUUUUUUCAAAGGGAUGGACCUAGAUGAAGUGAUAAAUAUCUUAGAAAAUAGUGGAGAUCAUCCCAAAAUUGGAAUUGACAUUUUGAUUGAAAGAUCUUUGGUAACUCUGGAUAAGAUGAAGAAUAAGUUCGGGAUGCAUGAUUUGCUACAAGAAAUGGGUAGGAAUAUUGUAUUUCAAGAAUCUCCAAAUGAUCCUGGCAAACGUAGUAGAUUGUGGUCUCAAAAAGACAUUGAUUAUGUAUUGACAAAAAACAAGGGAACUGAUGAAAUUCAAGGCAUAGUUCUGAAUUUAGUUCAAUCGUCUGAUUAUGAAGCACGCUGGAGCACUGGAGCCUUCUCCAAGAUAAGCCAGCUAAGGUUACUCAAGUUAUGUGAUAUGCAACUUCCCCUUGGCCUCAACUGCCUUCCUAGUGCACUAAAAGUUCUUCAUUGGAAGGGAUGUCCUUUGAAAACCUUACCACUUAAUAAUCAACUAGAUGAACUUGUUGACCUCAAAUUGCCUCAUAGUAGAAUAGAACAACUUUGGCAUGAGACAAAGUUUCUGGAAAUGCUGAAGUCCAUCAUUUUGAGCUUUUCCAAAAACCUAAAGCAAUCCCCGGACAUUGUUGGGGUUCCAAAUCUUGAAUCAUUGGUUCUUGAAGGUUGCACAAGUUUAACUGAAGUUCAUCCGUCCCUUGUAAACCAUAAGAAACUUGUUAUGGUGAAUUUAAAAGAUUGCAAAAGGCUCAAAACUUUUCCAAGUAAAAUGGAGAUGAGUUCCUUGAAAGAUUUAAAUCUUUCUGGUUGCUCUGGAUUUAAAUAUCUUCCAGAGUUUGGGGAAAGCAUGGAACAUUUGUCAAUGCUUUCUUUAGAGGGGACUGCUAUAACAAAACUACCCUCAUCGUUGGGAUGUCUAGUUGGCCUUAAUCAUUUGGAUUUGGGGAAAUGCAAGAAUCUUGUUUGCCUUCCAGAUACCAUUCAUAAAUUAAAGUCCCUCAUAGUUUUGAAUGUUUUUGGCUGCUCAAAACUUAGUAGCUUGCCAGAGGUUUUAAAGGAAAUCAAGUGUUUGGAGGAACUUUAUGCAGGUGAAACUGCUAUUAAAGAUCUACCUUCAUUUGUCUUUUAUCUGGAAAGUCUCAAGAAUAUCUCAUUUGCUGGGUGCAAAGGGCCAGUAGCUAACUCAGUAAAUGGACUUUUUCUCCCCUUUAAGUGGCUGUUUGGGAAUCAGCAAACUCCUACUGGAUUUAGAAUACCACCUUCAAUAAAAUCUAUACUGAAUCUACCGUCUUUGCGUAGAAUAAAUUUAAGUUACUGCAAUCUAUCUGAAGACUCAAUCCCAGAUGAUUUUUGUCACUUAUCUUCAUUGCUCAUUCUAAAUCUUACUGGCAACAAUUUUGUUAGCCUACCAAGUUGCAUUUCCAAACUCUCAAAGCUUGAAUUUCUUAUCCUAAACUGCUGUGAAAAGCUUCAAAGGUUGCCAGAGCUUCCAUCAAGCAUGCGAGGGUUGGAGGCAAGCAAUUGCUCUUCACUGGAAACUUCCAAAUUCAAUCCAUCCAAGCCAUGUAGUCUUUUUGCAUCGCCUACAAAAUGGAAUUUACCGAGAGAAAUUAGAGUCUUUAUGGAGGGACUCCGUCUUCCCAAAAAAAGAUUUGACAUGAUUAUUACAGGGAGUGAAAUUCCAUCAUGGUUUGUCCCUCAAAAAUAUGUUUCAUUUGCAAAUAUACCAAUCCCUCACAAUUGCCAUAUAAACGAAUGGGUGGGAUUUGCUUUGUGUUUCCUGUUAAUAAGUUAUACUGUCCCACCUGAGGCGUGCCAUCAUGAAGUUGAUUGCUACUUGUUUGGACCUAAUGGUAAGUUGUUUAUCAGCUCCACGGAUUUGCCUCCCAUGGAGCCAUGUUACCCUCACCUCUAUAUUCUCUAUUUGUCCAUUGAAAAAUACCGAGAAAAAUACCAAGAAAUAAUUUAUGAAGGUGGUGACAACAGUGAGAUUGAAUUUGUAUUGAAAAGUUAUUGUUGUCAUUCAUUGGAAAUAGUGAGGUGUGGGUGUCGUUUGGUAUGUAAGCAAGAUGUUGAAGAUAUUUAUGAAAAUAAUUUCGAGGAUUUGUCCUAAUAUUGUAGUUGGUACUUGAAAAUAGUAUCCUUUUUCUUCUAGUGAAAAGCUCCACUUGCUAAUAAGAUGGUGUGAAUUAUCUAGCAAGUUUUCAUGUAAUUAUUCAUAUAUCUUGUUACUUGUAUAUAAACUUCUCCCUGUGCUUGUAGUUUGAACUCAACUUUUGCAUAUUUUGUUGAGAUGAUCCAUACUAAUGAGAAUCAAGAUAUUAAAGUCAA